UGACACGUGACCUGUGGGCAAGAUGGCGGCGGCGAUGGUUGCGGUGGUGACGGGCGGCGGGAGCGGCAUCGGGGCAGCGGUGGCGGCGCAGCUACUGGGCCUGGAAUGUAACGUGGUGAUCGCGUCCCGCAAGAUGGAGCGACUGACACAAGCAGCGCAGCGACUCUCAGCGGCUCUGCCCGCCUCCAACCCCGCCAUGGUGACCCCAAUCCAGUGCAACAUCCGCAAGGAGGAUGAAGUGAAGAACCUGAUGCAGCAGGUGUUGGCUCUACACGGCCGUAUCGACUACCUGGUCAACAACGGUGGUGGGCAGUUCGCCAGCCCUGCCGCGGACAUCAGCACCAAGGGCUGGAACGCCGUCAUCGAGACCAACCUCACCGGGACCUUCCUCUGCUGCCGGGAAGUGUAUCGCUCGUGGAUGAGGGACAACGGCGGUUCCAUCGUCAACAUAGUAGCGGACAUGUGGAAGGGGUUCCCGGGGAUGGCUCACACAGGAGCAGCGAGAUCAGCCGUGGACAACCUCACCAAGAGCCUGGCCAUCGAGUGGGCUGACAGUGGAGUGCGGGUCAAUGCAGUGGCACCGGGAAUAAUUUUCUCCGAGUCAGCAGUGGCAAACUACAAGGAACUAGGGCCCAGUUUGUUCAAAGGUAACAUCUCGAAGAUCCCAGCGAAGAGGUUGGGAGUCCCAGAGGAGGUCGCUCCUGUCGUUUGCUUUUUGCUUUCACCCGCAGCCUCGUUCAUCACCGGUGAGACGGUGAGGGUGGAUGGCGGACAAAGUCUCUACCACAGCCCCUGGAACAUUCCGGUUUUCUCUCUCCUCAGACCACGACCGCUGGCCCUCUCCUCCGGAGGGCAGGAACGCCGAUCUAUUGGCUGCCUUCCUCUCGGGGAAACCUCUCUCGAAGCUGUAGUAGCAGUGGGAGCGAGGAGCUAUCCAGUGAAGCCGCCAGCAGCCCUGAGCCAUCUGUAUAUCCAUCCAUUCCAUGGCACGGUAGCACUAACUUACUGAACAACAAUAAAGGAACAGGUUAAAACAACUUUGCACCAACAA